ACGGGAAUGAGUGCUUAAUUUCGUUUAGCAGGCCUGGCAAAGCAUAAAGAUGCGAUCUUUGGGAGUUUGAGGAGUUAAUAAAAACGAGAAGGGGGCGCAAAUCUCGUGAUGAGCGCAGUGUCUCCACGUCUGGAACAGGAAACAAGGGCGCUGCAAGAAGCAAGAACAGCGGCAGAGUGAAAAAAGCAAGUUGUGUCGGACGCCAAGAAAAAAAACGCCCCGUUUUACCUCACCACCACCUUUCACCCUCUCACGUGCCCCAUCACGUGACCUCCCCCGCGGGGCCUCGGCCGAGUUGCAGACUUGCAGCCUUUCUUGGGUGUACUAUGUAGAAAGAAAAGAAGCCCCCUUUUCACUGUCUCACUUCUCACCCAAACUCUCACCUUCUCAAUAAAGAAUCUUUAUUCCCCUCAUUGUGACUCUGGGAGGGCGUGUUUUCUGUGUAUUCGUGUGUAUAGACAGAGAUUAAGACAUAUAUAGGGAGAGAGAGAGAGGCUGAGAGAGUAGAAGAAGAAGAAGAAGAAGAAGAAGGGUGGUCUAUGUGAAGAAAGAGAAAUGGGCUGUUUACAGUCCAAAACUGCCAAUGUUCAGUCCCCAGACCAAGAGCCCUCUCACCCUGACUCAAAACCAGAUCUUGAUGGAGUGGAUGACAACCCCGGGGAUCAAGAGCAAGUGCCUGCAUUCACAGAAUUUAGUCUGGCUGAACUUCGAACUGCAACGAAUGGAUUUAGCAGUGAAAUGAUAGUUUCCGAGAGUGGAGAGAAAGCACCGAAUGUGGUGUACAGAGGGAAGCUUCGAAGUAAUCAGAUUGUUGCUAUCAAGCGCUUCUCCAAGCAAUCGUGGCCUGACCCCCAACAGUUUGUGGGAGAAGCUGCUGGAGUUGGCAAGGUUAGACACAAGAGAUUGGUGAAUCUAAUUGGUUGCUGUGCUGAGGGAGAUGAGCGACUACUUGUGGCAGAAUACAUGCCCAAUGAUACACUUUCGAAGCAUCUUUUUCAUUGGGAUAAACAGCCUUUGCCCUGGGAAAUGCGAGUGAGAGUUGCCUGCCAUAUUGCACAGGCUCUGGACCAUUGCGAUGCUGAAAACCGGAAAAUCUAUCACGAUUUAAAUGCUUACAGAAUUCUAUUUGAUGAGGAUGGUGACCCGCGAUUGUCUAGCUUUGGCCUGAUGAAAAACAGCAGAGAUGGGAAGAGUUAUAGCACGAACCUAGCUUAUACACCCCCGGAAUUUUUGCGCACAGGCAGGGUCAUUCCAGAAAGUGUGAUCUAUAGCUAUGGAACUGUUCUGCUGGACCUUCUGAGUGGAAAGCAUAUACCCCCGAGCCAUGCUUUAGAUUUGAUAAGGGGAAAAAACAUAUUGUUGCUUAUGGAUUCGUCCUUGGAAGGUCAAUACGCCAAUGAAGAUGCUGCUGCAUUGGUGGAACUUGCUUCGAAGUGCCUUCAGUAUGAAGCUCGGGACCGCCCAAAUAUCAAGUUCAUUCUUACUGCUGUGGAACCCCUUCAAAAGCAGAAAGAGGUUGCAUCACAUGUUUUAAUGGGUCUGACAAAAACCGCCCCUGUUGUGGUUCCCACCAUGCUUUCUCCUCUCGGGAAGGCAUGUGCGAGGAUGGACCUCACGGCUGUGCACGAUAUCUUGCUUAAAACGGGCUAUAAAGACGAGGAAGGUGCAGAAAAUGAGCUUUCGUUCCAAGAAUGGACACAACAAGUGCAAGAUAUGCUGAACACGAAGAAAUUUGGAGAUAUCGCUUUUAGGGACAAGGACUUCAAGAGCGCAAUUGAGUACUAUUCAAAGUUGGUAUCAAUGAUGUCCAUCGCUUCUGGCACUGUUUUUGUGAGGCGGGCGCUCUCUUACUUGAUGAUAGGCCAGCCAGAGCUCGCGCUCCGGGAUGCAAUGCAGGCGCAGGUCUGCUUGCCCGAGUGGCCAACCGCAUUCUACGUGCAGGCCCUCGCCCUCUCGAAGCUAGGAAUGGAGACCGACGCCCAGGACAUGCUGAGCGAUGGAGCCUCCUUCGAAGCCAAGAAGCUAAACAGUUGGCGUAACUAAGUAAUCCCGAUUAUCCAAUCCCUAUAUCGCUGUUAGAUACAUAUAUAUAUACAUUGUUAGCUGUUGAUGAGGAAAUCUGUAAGAUGAGGGUUUGCAUUUACAAAAAGUCGCCCUCUGUUGUAGCCAUGAGUAUAGUUCCAUAAUAUAGUGUAUACAGCAUUGUUGUGGUGUUUGGCUAGGCUCUUUCUGAAGCAAAUUGGUUUUGGAACUCGGUUAAUUAUAUUCCGGUUUACGCUAUAUUGUGUUUGGU